AUGUAAGAACAUGAAUGGGAGAAAGCAAAUGUUAUAUAUUAGAAAUGUAUUGAGAAAAAUAAGGAUGAUUAUAAGACUCUUUUCUUUUAAAGUUUAUUUCAUAAUAAUAAUUUUAGGUUGGGUUUUAAUUGAAUUGAAUUAAUGUUAAGAAGGUUAAUAAUUAUUAGAGUAAUCUUAAACUUUGAAUAAAAAUCUAUCAAAUGAUUUAAUUAAUUGGUGUAGUUGGGAUAGAAAAACAUCUUAUAAUUCAGUUUUAACUAUUGCUUAAGCUUAUGCCUUAGAAUUGAAUGAUAAUUAAGAGAAGGCUAUUCAAUUCUAUGAUUAAGCAAUAAAUUAUGAUAAAAGACAAACUUUUGCAUUAGCAAGAAAAGGUUAAAAAUAGAUAUUAUUUUAGGAUGUCUUUUAAUAAAAUUCAAAAUUAAUGAUGCAGCUCUAGAAGCUUUCAAAGAGGGUUUAAACAUUACAUAUAAUAAAGCUUUUAUUCAUUAUUGUUAUGGUAUAUUAACAUAUACAUCAAUAGGAAUUACAUUAUUGGAGAAUCAAUUGUAAGAUUAAGCAUUAAAUUCUUUUAAGAUAGCUGCAUAAUUUGAUCCUAAUUUUGGUUUGAAUAAUUUGAAUAUUGGUACAAAAUAUUUAAUCUUAAUUUAGGUAAUAUAUUAAGGUCUUAACAAAAACUUUAAGAAGCACUUAGUUAUUUGGAUUUGGCAAUAAAAAAUGAUCCAAAUCUUCUCAAGGCGUAUACUAGCAAAAGUUAUUAAUAAUCUUAUAAAAUUUAGGCUUAGUUUUAUGUGAUAUGAAAAAGUAUGAUUAGGCAUUAGAUUGUUUAGAUGAAGCAUUAAAAAUAAAUCCAAAUUAUGAAAAAGCUUUUCAUUUAAAAGGUUUAAUCAAUUAUUAUAUUAGGAAAUUGUCUAAAAUAAUAAAAAAAAUAUUAGGAAGCAAUUUUGUAUAUAGAUUAAGCCAUAGCUUUAGAUAAUAAAUUUGUAAAUGCAUAUACUUUAAAAGGUAAUUAUUUAUUUUAUUUUAAGGAAAUUGUUUAUGUUAAUUGAAAUAAUAUGGGAAAGCUUUAUAAUAUUAUGAUAAAGCCUUAUAAUUAGAUAAAUAAUGCAUAGAAGCAUAUUUAAAUAAAGGUAUCUUAUUAAAAGAGUUAAAAAAAAAUAAAGAGGCAAUCGAAUAAUAUGAUUUAGCAAUAAAAUUAGAUCCUAAAUGUUCUUAUGCUUAUAGAAAUAAGGGUAUGUAGUUCUAAUUAAAAUUUAGGUAUUGUACUAGAAAAUAUUAAGAAGUAUGAAGAAGCAAUAAUAUGUUAUUAAAUGGCAAUUGAAUUUAAAGAUCCUAUAUCUGAGGAAAUAAAAAAAUGGAUAGCAUCAAUUAAAGUAAAGAAAGGAAUAUCAUGGAUUUUUGGAUAAUGA